CGGGGUGCCGGAAGUGGUCGUUGCCAUGGAGUCCGCGGAGGACUGGUUGGUGGAAUCGUUGCGCUUGUACCAGGAUUUCCACGCGUUCGACCUCUCGGGAGCCACUCGAGUCCUGGAGUGGAUCGGGAACAGAGGAGUCUUUGUUGCUGGCUAUGAAAGCCUGAAAAAGAACGAGAUUCUUCACCUCCUGUUACCGCCCCGACUUUCUGUGACAGAAAACCAGGGCUUGCACCCAGAAAGAGACUUCAAGGUGAGCCAUGGAGGGUUUUCAGAUGGUCCUGUGUUUGAUCUGAAGCACGUGCCAGACACCAGGUUGCUGGUGACCAGUGGCCUUCCAGGUGGUCACCUGCAGGUGUGGCAAGUCGCAGAGGACAAUGAUGUCAUCGAAGCGGUCAGCACUAUUCCCGGGCAUGAGACAGAGGGGAGCCUCUGGCCUCGGGUGGCCGUGUUUGCCUCUGCAGCCCCCGGGGUCCUCCACGGGGUGAAGCUCCGUGGCCUGAAGGUUGUGGACCUGGAGUCGCAGAAGACCACGUACGCCUCAGGCAUCGGGGACAGUGAGGAGCUGAGUAGCCUGCAGGUCCUGGAUGCAGACACCUUUGCUUUCUGCUGUAGCUCAGGCCGCCUGGGGCUUGUUGACACCCGCCAGAAGUGGGCACCAUUGGAGGGGCCCUGUCCCAGCCCUGACCUUGGUGGAAAGAGUUGGUGUGCAGAAGUUGGGGGCAGGGGCCUGGGCCCUGGACCCCACAUCGCCAGCCUUGGCUCCAAUGGGCACCUCCGCCUUCUCGACACCCGGGCCCUCAGCCAGCCUGUGAGCUUGGUCCAAUGUGCAGUGCCCACACCCAGCCCCAACCCGGAGCUGCUGCGUGUGACCUGGGCUCCAGGUCUCGACAAUUGCUUAGCCAUUUCAGGCUUCGACGGAACAGUCCAGAUCUAUGACGUCAGUUCCUGGGCUGCCUCAGGGCAUCGUGUGAAACCUCGCUUCACUCACAGAGGCCACCUCUUCCCGGAUGGAGAUGACGUAGACCCCAGGCCCCUGGUCACCAGCCACACCUGGCACCCCUGCAGGCAGAGGACCCUGUUGUCAGCAGCCAGUGACGCCUCUCUGCACGUGUGGGAUUGGGUGGACUCCAAAGUUUGAGAAGUCUUUAUUAGCCGGCCAUUGACAGCCCCCUGUCAGAAGCAGCCUGUAGGAGACAGUCCCGCUGCAAGGGGUUUUAAGGACAAAAACCAUAUGAGGCCCCUCUGUUGGUGCCUCAUACUGCCUUACAGGCCUCCUGGUAUGGGACUGCCCCCAGCUGUCCCCAGGGACACUCCUGGGGGCCCAGAGCAAACAGGAAAGUCCUAUGCAUGUCUGUGAUGUUCACACAGACAAGCAAGCAAGCAAGCAAAGUUAGAGAAGCAACAGUAGACAGGUUAUAGCCAAAUUUCUAUCAGGCCUGAUUACUGCAACUAAAACAUUCUGGGAGUUUUUGAUUACAACCUUUGAAGCUGGACAUCAGUUAUAGGGUCACGUCCUGUUUCCGUUAAUCAAAAGACUCAGUUCUUUGUUUCCCUGAAAACAAA